AUGCAGCAUCACAGGUUCUUUCCAGAGCCAGACAUAUAUGCAGUGCAUAGAGAAUCCUGGAUGGACUCUUCCGAGUAUCUAUCAAAUGUAAAAAUGUCUGGGUCUGGAAGAUUGGAACUUGUGAUGCUAUUUUUGGAAUCCAAAAAAAUCUGUAUUGCAUGAGCAACAGGAGGCGUCCAGUUUUUGCUCCGCGGAGAGGGGAUUUCUCAUGCGGGAUAGGCAUCAAGAUGCCCGCAAAAAAUUUGUGAUGCUGGUGCAUACAUCACAGACAUCACGGGUAAUGCAAAAUGUGCAUGGCAAACCUUGCAAUCUUCCAGACCCAGACAUUUUUACAUUUGAUAGUAUCGGGAGCUGAAGAAAUUGGAAAAAGCGGUAAUAUCCUGUGCAAAAGUAUCGUACUCGUAGUAAUUGCGUUUAUGCAUUACAAAUCUCUUUCUCAAGGCAAAACAGCAUUACAAAUUUAAUUUGUAAUGCUGGGCUAAUUUGUAAUGCAUUUAUACGAGUACGAUACUUUUGCAAUCCAUAGGUAAAUACGUUUUACACCGAUGAGGUUAAAGUCACGAAGCAGCAAUUUCAAGAGGCAGCUGCGGGAACGACUACGAAGCAAGACGAGCCGGACGAAGUCAAUCUUUCGUCCAGCAGUUCGUCUCUCUCCUCUCCGCACGACACAAAAAUCGCUGGUGACAAGAAUUUUGAAACAAACCAACAAAAGAUUGUUCUGCGCAACGAGAGUUUGCUGAAGAAAUUGCUGCAGGAGAAGAAGGAAGACCUGCAGCGGCUUCUCACCAUGACGCUGAAUAGUUUCGUGCAGAAAUACGAAAAUUGCGUCACGCUGAAGGACCAGAAGAGCAUCCGCUUAGUGCUUGACCGGAUCGACGCGGGUUUGGCCGUCUUGAAAGCGGCGGAAAAUUUGAUGGGCGAGCCGCUGAAUGCUUGUUUAAUUUCGGGCAACAACGGUAGUUGCAAAAAGUUGGAACUGAAUCACUUUCUCCACCCGGGCAAGAAGAAACUGCUGAAGAUGAAGAAGAAGAAGGAAGUAUCCCGUGUAAAAACGUCCCAGCCACAGAGUUGUAGUGCAGAUGUGCAAUGACAGGAACAUUUGUGAUGCCCAUUUCCAUGAGGGGCAUUUCUUGUAGUGUUUUUGCAUUUGUAAUGCUGUAAACAGGAUGAAAAAGUGGCUCUCUCAUGCGGAUUUCCUUGCUAGCCAGCACUACACUACAGAUCGAAACGUGUCAUGCAGAACUCCCAAAACUUGGGGAUUGGUGUUGCAGACUUCCCAUCUUGACGUAUCCAUGGUGUGGGGACGUUUUUGCAUAGGAUAGGAAGCCGGGGUUGUGUCGCCCGACAGUGCUGCAGAUCAUGUCGGUGUGGACAUCGACGACACGCCCGAUCGCCGAGGCGGACAACAUCAAGUGCACGGCGGCCCACAGCAGACGGGGCAACACAAGCCGACUCCGGCUCCGUAUUUGAACCAGCAGCACCUGUACAAAAAACUACAAUCCCUCGAGCAAGACAUUCUCCAUACUGACCCUGCGGAAAAGGACACGGAGCCCGCUUUGGAAAUGAAAAUUCUUGCGCAGUUCCUCCAGGAUUUGAGCAGCACAAAUUAUCAAAUGCAAAAGUAUCGUACUAGUAUAAAUUGCAUUACAAAUUUCCCCAGCAUGACAAAUUGACUUUGUCAUGCUGUUUUAGCAAAGGAAUGCGAUUUGUGAUGCAUAAUUGCGAUUACUACGAGUACGAUACUUUUGCACAGGAUACAAAUGCGCAUGAAACGAUAUUGAACAACCCCAACCAAUUGGAGCUGUACCGUGCGCUGGAGCAGUGCGCCCAGACCGGGGGUGGGGUGCUGACCUCGACUUGCGAUUCACUGAAGCCGUUUCAUCUUUGUUCUCUUCACAACGGCUUCAUAAACAACAACAAUGAGGUCGGAACAAAGAAUUAUGGGAAAAAGCCAGUGGAACAACAAGAAGAAACAACUGCGAAAAAUGCAGGCAAAAGAACCAGCACUACAUCUCUGGUCCACCACCUCACGUUUCCCGCCAUCCUGGACCACAUUUUCGAGACAAAUCUGAUCCUGUUGAAGCGGGCCACGGUGUUAAAAAAGCUUCAAAAUCUUCUCCAGUCCGACCGGCUCGGGGCGCACUUGGCAGAGAACACGAAGCUCUUUCAGGAAUUGAAGUUUUUGCGGCUCGACACCUGGAACAAUGAAGCGUUCAACGAGGCGAAGCAACGAAUUGACAAGUACAAGUCAAGCGUUUGGUUUGGCCAGAACUUGACUCAAAUGCUGGACGGGACGUUCUUCGGGGAUAAUAACGGUGCAAGAGCAGGCGCAGCGGGAACAGCUGCCGCACCGAACAGGGGCGGGACAGCCACAGCAGGUUCUGUGAUGGUGAACAACUUUACAAGUGACAACGCGGGCCCGUCGUCUACCGACGCGACGACGGCUGGGGCAAAUAACAACAACCGCACUUUCACCCUUUCAUCGCUCUGGAAGCCGAAGGUCCAAUCGCUGUCCCUGCACCGAUUAAUACAGGACUUGAUUGAUGACACGUUUUACGCACUGCAAAUACGUCUGGGUCCGGAUUUGUGAGGCGAAAUUUGAAGGACAGCGAGGAUUCGCGAUGCAUAAAUACGAUGGGGCAGUUUUUUUGUCAUGUUGUGAAACUCAGUUUGUCUUUUUCAUGCAAAACGAAAACAUGCCAAAAAUCGCAAUUCUUACUCGACCGAGGGAGAAGCUAUUUUGUGAUGCGACGACGGCGUAAAAAACAUUGCUCAACGAUUGCAUGACCCAGCAACACAAAUUUGCUGCGUCUCUACCCCAGACCCAGAUGACAUAUUUCCAUGUGAUACUUUUAUCAAAGACGUAAAGACGCGCGACCGGAAGGACAGCGUUCAUGGCAACAAGGUGCCCAAGCGAUUACUGGUGCAGAAGAUCACGAAGAUCCAGAAUUCCAAGCAUUUCAGUCUCUACCAGGAGCGGAAAAGAGAGAUUCUGGAGGAUUGUAAAAAAUUGGAGAAACUGAAUGGACAGCAAAAUGUACACGCCGUCAAGAGUAUGCAUUGCAGAAGUAUCGGGGUAGUUCUAGUAGUGACUGCAAUACUUACAAAUUAGCUCAGGAAUAUGGCAGCACACGGAACUUGUCAUGCACAUGCUGCUGUAGAAGCUGGGGAAAGCAAGAGAAAGGAAUUCUGUCUUGCAUGACCGCGACUAUAGAUAGUACGACUUCGAUACUUUUGCGCAGGAUAAAGAAGUAUUGCGUGAAGAGCAAGGAGGACAACAUCAAAACCUUCUCUGCGAUCCCCUCGUGGACGCAAAAGUGCCCGAAUCUGUUCAAGCAGGAACCCAUUGAACCGCAGAACGUGAACGAGUUCUAUCUCUUUCACGGCACCACCCCGGAGGCGGCGGAGUUAAUCACCGAUACGGAGUUCCACCUGAAAAAAGCCGGGACCAACGCUAUCAAAAUGAAAAAUCCCCCCUCCCCAUAUCGAAAAAGAAAUUUGUGAUGCUAUAUUUGAGUACACAAAUCGAUUUGUAAUGCUAGAAGGCCAAGAGACUCAGCUGUGGCCUCGUUUGCAGGCAAUUUGUCAUGCUGUUUCCCACUUCUAGCUGCCCUCUAUCAUGCUGAAGAUGCAAGGCUUUCCCACGCCAACCAGCACUGCAGUCCGCAGCUUUUCCAUUCUAGCACGACAAAGCUAUCUGCAUCACAGAGUAUGGGGUGGGGGCGGGAUUUUUCACUUUGAUAAACGCCGGUAGUCUUUACGGCAAAGGGCUGUACUUCGCGGAAUCGAGCACCAAGGCGGACGAGUACACGACGGAGACAAGAGACGAGGAGUUGCGCCCGUUGAUCUUGUGCCGGGUAGUGCUGGGUCAUGUAUGAAUUGCAAAUAUGCCUGGGUCUGGAUUUGUGACGUUGCGAGAUUUCAUUUUCAAAGACUACACGAACAAGAUCUGUGUAAUGCAUGGAUGCGAUUGGUGACCUUUCUUGUCGUGCUGGAUGGCAGUUUGAUUUGUCAUCCGUUUUAUUAAACUUCUGAUGCUCUUCUGCCGCAGCAGGUACAAGCGGUCACGCUGCAAUACGAAUAGCAGCAAGACAUCAAGUAUCCAGCAGACCCAGACAUGUUCUUACUGCAUAUCGUGUCCGGUACUGUGAGAAGCAGAAACUGGAGAAGGCCGAGGUGGAAGCGCUGUAUGCAAUACAAAUUUUCCCUCGACGAGCACGACGUACAAGAUGCAUCACAAGUUUUUAUAUCUCCAACUUAUUUAUUAAGCAUGCCACAUGUUGUCUCCAUGCUGAUGCUGAGUGGGAAUGUUGGAGACAAGUCUUUUAGUGCAAGAAAAACAAACUACUCCACACGUCGUGCAACAAGCACGGGAAAUUUUUUCCUAUCGAUACGCGGGUGCGCCAGUGCACGAAGAGCGAGAACUAUCCAACGAAAAAACUGUUUCACUGUGAUGAUUUUGCAAGAUCUGCAUCACAAGUUUGUUACGCAUGACACUGAAAAUUUGCCAUGCGCGUUGGCCAAGGGAAAACAUGCUUGAAAAUUCAAUGUCUUGCAGGUGUAGCAAGACAGAUAUUUUUGUGUUCCAUUUUCUGCAUCACAGGUUCACAGUGAAACAGUUUUUCCUUUUGAUAAGAACACGGAUCAGGUUCUUGACCCGGCCGCGCCGUCGAGUCUGUACCACUCGGUUCUGGGAGAUCGGGAAAAGUGCAGGAACACUUUUCGGGAAUUUGUGGUGUAUGACCAGGCGCAGACUUACCCCGAGUACAUUGUGUGGUAUAAACGGAAGUACUGAACUGAGGAAGGGACGAAAGUGACAUGAUCAUCGCAACAACUUUUGCUUCAAAUUCUAUAAAAUAAACACUUGCUCUUUUGAUAAAGCGCGCUUAGCUUCGCUUUUAUGUGAUACGCAGCACACGGCAUUUACCAUUUCUUGCACAAUAAGUACAUUAAUUCAUGAUACGUACGGGUACGAAAGCCGACGACAGCACUUAUGAUAGCACUAACACGGUAAAAAGGAUAGUAACAAAACACCCAGCACACGUGCACAGUGUAGCUUUUCUGUUUUCAUGAUCAACAUUUCAUAUAGCGAAGCGUCCUUGUGGUCGCUUGUCAACAUCUACUACUAGACUCUUUGUCCACGUGCCAAUUCUUCACUUUUUUUUUCUGAGGCGACGAAUAGUUGCUUCAAGGAGCUUGAGGUUUUUUUUUUCUUCUCUCGGCACUGUGCCUGAUCGUGAUCCUCGGAUUCAUUAGCACAUAUCAUUACUCGCAGUAGCUAUGAUUGAGCCCGAUACUAGAAAUCUAUCAUGCAACAAAGAAAAAAACAGUACAAGAAGACCACUAUCGAGCUGUUUGUUUCAUUUUGCAUUUCUCACUGUGCAAAGGCGCUCGCUGUGCUUUGUUCUAGGAUGUCGAAGAUUUUUGCCUUUAAGUGCCUUGCUCUUCAGUCCUUUUCAUUUUUUCAUACGUAUUGUUCCCCUCUCUACUUAAGUCUAAUCUUAAAUCUUGUAGUUUCAUCAUGAAUUCGCUCUAUUUUUUGCAUGCGCUUCUGACUCUGAGAUCUGAUACCAUGCGAGACGAAUAAAGAGGUCCUCUUUAUUUCGACCGGAUCGAUCCAGACGGACCAAAUGUAUUAGAUCCGCGGACCCAGCAGAUGAAUUGCAAACUCGUAGAAAAGAAAACCUUCUCGGGUCAACAUCUCAAGUAAU